GCGAUAUUUCUCGAGAGUUUGUUGUCAACAACAAGUGACAGAAAGUAGCAGGCCCACAAAGUCACUGAAUUUUACCACAAAAAAACAGAAAUGGAUGAUUUCCAGUCAGCAGAAGAGACAGCAUUUGUUGUUGAUGAAGUAACAAAUAUUAUUAAAGAGGCCAUUGAAGGUGCCAUCGGUGGAAAUGCAUACCAGCACAACAAAGUAAAUCAGUGGACUUCCAAUGUUGUUGAACAAUGUCUUAACCAGCUUACCAAAUUAGGAAAACCAUUCAAAUAUAUUGUUACAUGUGUAAUUAUGCAAAAGAAUGGUGCCGGUCUUCACACAGCGAGUUCAUGUUUCUGGGACAAUCAAACAGACGGAAGCUGUACAGUGAGGUGGGAAAACAAAACAAUGUAUUGUAUCGUGUCAGUAUUUGGUCUCGCCAUCUGAUCAGUAUGUCAAAAUUCCAGCUUCGUUAUUGUCAUCGGCAGAUCGAGAUUCUUCCUUGAUAACAGCGCCUCUAUAACUAUAUAUUGUUCAAUAACAUUUGUAUUGCCAUAUAUUUCAUCAACAACAGAACAACAGGUUACUUAAAAACUAUGUUUAAACAACUUAAUUUUUCAACUGCUCUCUGCCGAUAAUAAUGGACUUACAGUUUUUUAACAGAUUAUUAUUUUUGAAUUUCUGCAUAAACUAUAGAUUGAGAAUUUUUCAUGUCGACUUUACUUCUUGAUUUUCAUAUUUGGCGGUCUUAAAGUUGUAUGGCUAAAAAUUUCUGAUUUGUGACUGUUUACACUUUUUGGACAUAAUGCUGUGUAAUAUCACAGCCGUCUAAAAUAUGUUAGUCACGUAGAUUGUGAAUAUUUGUGAAAGUAAAACCGUUGGUUAAAUUACUCAGUCUUUAUUGUACUCGUUGCUGAAAAGUGGUACUCUAGAUGUUUUUCUGAAUUGAUUUUAAGUGCAUGAAUUAUUCCAGUGUAAGGACAAUAUUGAAAUAUUAAUUUCAUAACUCAUUUUCAUCGUACAAUGUUUUUUUUUUUGUUCAGGUUCAAGUUCUGACAUGUAUGACAUUUGUUUGUCUGUUGACAUACAGGUAUUAUAAUUAUGUUUUGCAUUUUUAGCUCAUCUGAUUUUUUGAAAAAAAAUGAUGAGUUAUUGUCAUCACUUGAGCGGUUGUCGGCGUCGGCGUCGGCGUUGCCUGGUUAAGUUUUAUGUUUAGGUCAGCUUUUCUCCUAAACUAUCAAAGCUAUUGCUUUGAAACUUGGAAUACUUGUUCACCAUCAUAAGCUGACCCUGUAUAGCAAGAAACAUAACUCCAUCUUGCUUUUUGCAAGAUUUAUGGCCCCUUUUGUACUUAGAAAAUAUCAGAUUUCUUGGUUAAGUUUUAUGUUUAGGUCAACUUUUCUCCUAAACUAUCAAAGCUUUUGCUUUGAAACUUGGAAUACUUGUUCACCAUCAUAAGCAGACCCUGUACAUCAAGAAACAUAACUCCAUCUUGCUUUUUGCAAGAAUUAUUGCCCCUUUUGGACUUAGAAAAUCUGUUUUCUUGGUUAAGUUUUAUGUUUAGGUCAGCUUUUAUCCUAAACUAUCAAAGCUAUUCCUUUAAAACUUGCAACACUUGUUCACCAUCAUAAGCUGACCCUGUACAGCAAGAAACAUAACUCCAUCCUGCUUUUUGCAAGAUUUAUGGCCCCUUUUGGACUUAGAAAAUAUCAGAUUUCUUGGUUAAGUUUUAUGUUUAGGUCAACUUUUUCUCUUAAACUAUCAAAGCUAUUGCUUUAAAACUUGCAACUCUUGUUCACCAUCAUAAGCUGACCCUGUACAGCAAGCAACAUUACUCCAUCCUGCUUUUUGCAAUUAUUAUUGCCCCUUUUGGACUUAGAAAAAUCAUUUUCUUGGUUGAAUAUUAUGUUUAAGUCAACUUUUCUCAUAAACUAUCAAAGCUAUGCUUUAAAACUUACAACAGUUUUUCACCAUCAUAAGUGGACACUGUACAUCAAGAAACAUAACUCUAUCCUGCUUUUUGCAAGAGUGAUGGCCCUUUUUAGACUUAGAAAGUCAUGGGUAGGACAAUAUUUCUAUUAUACAAAAAAAAUCAGAUGAGCGUCAGCACCCGCAAGGCGGUGCUCUUGUUUUCUCUUCUUAUUUUGUACAAUUAUAUUUCAUAUUUAUAGUUUGUUAUAUUCUAUAUUGAAAGCAGGUGUGUUGAAUGUUUUAAGAACUUCACAAACCCAGUAUUUUUUCUCAAGUUUAGGCAACUGUAGAUUAACAGAUUAUCAGUUUACAUAACAGCAGAAGAUAUUGUAUAAAUUUCUGAAAGGAGAAAGGUUUAAGAACCUUAAGUCUUCUUGAAUGAAGUGUAAUAAAAGUAUAAAAGCUGAUAUUUUAAUCCAUUUUAUACAUUUAGAGCAAAAAAAAACAACAAAAAACAACCAUUAAAUAACUUUAAGGUACAAGAAAGUGUGAGUGUAUAGUCUGGAAUGUCAGUCAGUAUGUCAUAGAUACAAUGGUUUUGUAUAUUCACAAUUUUCACCUCAUUGUUUUUCCACAUCUGUGAUUUUAAGAUCUAGUUUUCUUUGUGUUUGUUCAGAUUUUUGCAUAUUUAUUCAUGUAUACAUUUAUGUAUUGCAUUUGGGAAAUGUGAAGUUAUGAUUUUAAAAAGACAAAAGUUUUCAUAAGCUUCUGUAAUAUGUGUUUUCCACUUCCAUAAGAUAUUACUACUGGCUUUUCAGUCUUGUUGCAUUUUUAUGUUCAGUAAACUUCACCAUACUUUUUUUUAAAAAUAAUAGAAUGGAUAGUUUCCAGUGGAAGACAGGUUACUAUAGAAAAAUAAGUCACCAAAUUACACCUUGUAAAAAGUAGGUUUCUACAAGUACAGAUAACUUUCUUGAAAAAAGUGUUUAUGUUAAUGAGUUCAGAGAUUAAAAUAAAAAUGUGAAAAUAA